CAGCGGAAAGAGUCCUUCAGGGGGACCAGACACAGUGACACCCAAACCAGCGAGACGACAUCACUGCUCCCAAUGUGGAAUGAGAUUCUCCCUCUCAGGGGACCUAAAACGGCAUGAGAAAAAACACACAGGAGAAAAGCCUUUCCAAUGUUCCCAGUGUGGAAAGAGUUUUACCUGUUUAGGGAAUCUAAAUCGGCACGAGAAGAUACACUCAGGAGAAAAGCCUUUCCAAUGUUCCCAGUGUGAAAAGAGUUUCGCCUGGUUAAGGAGCCUGAAGAAGCAUCAGAGGAUACACGCAGGGGAAAAGCCUUUCCAAUACCAAGGGACCAGCCAACCGUUUGAUACAAGAUGCAGUGGAGAGGGACCAGACUCCCACUCUGACAGCGGGAAGAGUCCUUCAGGGGAACCAGACCCAGUGACACCCAAACCAGCGAGACGACACCACUGCUCCUACUGUGGAAAAAGUUUUACCCGAUUACUACACCUGAAAUCACAUGAGAGAAUACAUACAGGAGAAAAGCCCAACCACUGUUCCCAGUGUGAAAAGAGUUUUAGGUGGUUAACGACUUUGAAACUCCAUGAGAGGACACACACACACGAAAAGCUCUACCGCUGCUCCCUGUGUGAAAUGAGUUUUACCAAGUUAGAGGCCCUGAAUGUGCAUGACAGGACACACAUAGGAGGGGAUAAGCCCUACCGCUGCUCCCUGUGUGGACAGAGAUUUAACCGGUUAAGGCAUCUGAAUAAGCAUGAAAGAAUACAUACACAGGAGGAGAAGACAUACCACUGCUCUCAUUGUGGAAAGACAUUUUCCCAGUCAGAGGACCUGAAAACACAUGAGAGAAUAGAGAGGCUGUGUUCUGACUUGUGUUUUUGACCUGAGAAUUUUUUUUUCUGCCAAAUGAAAUCAUUAUUGAAAUAGACCUACUUUUUUUGUCUUAGUUUUCAUCUGGAGACUGACAUGACUCUCCUGUGAGGAUCCAACGAUGUCUAACAUACUCUGUUACACAGAAUCAUGGCUCUCUCUCUCUCCAGAUAUUCUGUUGCCAUGACUCCUGCGAGGAUCCGAGGAUCAGGUUACAGUGGAUCAGCGUCCAAUAGAGGGAUGGAGGGAUAUGGGGGUUUUAUGACACCUCACCAUCGAUUGUAAAUUGUAGGCAGCAGACUAUUCCUUCUGGGGUCUAAUUUGGGCGACUGGAAUGUCUCUUUGUUACCGAGAGAUUCUUAGACGACCCCAAAAAAAACUUCAACAUCAAACAAUGGACACUGGGACAAUGUAUUCCAACAUCCGAAUGUUGGGAACGAUGAGAGGUGGAAUAUGGAAAAUGUAAUGUCUAUUUUGUGAUGUCAUUAAAAUGGUUAUAAAUAGGUUUUAAUGAAAGCAUUAACUCCAAGAGCGUUCCCACUGUGUUUCCCACCACGUCGCCCGGGUUAGGGAGGGCUUGGUCGGUAGGGGUGUCCUUGAGAGCUUUCCCACUGUGUUUCCCACCACGUCGCCCGGGUUAGGGAGGGCUUGGUCGGUAGGGGAGAGAGCUUUCCCACUGUGUUUCCCACCACGUCGCCCGGGUUAGGGAGGGCUUGGUCGGUAGGGGUGUCCUUGAGAGCUUUCCCACUGUGUUUCCCACCACGUCGCCCGGGUUAGGGAGGGCUUGGUCGGUAGGGGAGAGAGCUUUCCCACUGUGUUUCCCACCACGUCGCCCGUGUUAGGGAGGGCUUGGUCGGUAGGGGUGUCCUUGAGAGCUUUCCCACUGUGUUUCCCACCACGUCGCCCGGGUUAGGGAGGGCUUGGUCGGUGUCCUUGAGAGCUUUCCCACUGUGUAUAUCAGGUUUACAUUCUUUACGUUGUGUAGAAAAAUAUCAAGGAUAAAGAGAAUGUUUUUUUUGUGAUGAUAGGAUUGUGAUUUUAGUACUCUAACGAGAUAGUAAUUCUGAUACCUUGCCUCGUAACUAGCCACGCCCCAGGGAGCCCGGAGAACGGGUCAGAAUGACGAAAAAAUGCCUCCGUUUUACACGAAGGUAUAAAAAUAUUGAGUUAAGAAUGAUCAUAUCAGACUAGGACCACGAGCUGUAGCUGAGGUCUACGAUUAGUCACGACCCCCCCCCCCCCCCCCCCCCCACCC